AGGUAGGUAUUUAGUAUUAUGUGAUGUGAUAUUAUAAAUAUAUUUUGAUUUUGUAAUUCCGUUCCAUUAGGACAAGGAUUGGACUAAAAAUAGUGACUGCGAAUAUUAUGUAAAACAUAAUCUGCUGCAACUUGAAAUUGUCAUUUAAUCAUUUACAAUUAUUAUUAUCGAUGGUUGAAAAUAUUUUCAAAAUGUUAUUGAAAAAUGUUUUAAGGUAUCAUGUCGGACUGAAACACUUUGACUGUAGAGGGCCUAGACUUUUAUCAACUCUUAAACCUGUUCAUGUCUCACCUAACGACGCAAUUGCCUUAAGUGAUAAUUGUGUUAAAAGAUUAAAAGAGCUUUGUUCAAAAGAUGUGUUCUUAAGACUGUGUGUGGAAAGUGGUGGAUGUUCGGGCUUUCAAUAUAAGUUUAAUUUAGAUGAUAAUCUUUCAGAUGAUGAUCGGAUUUUCGAAAGGGAAGGAGCUAAAGUGGUUAUUGAUGAAACAUCUCUGGAAUACAUUAAAGGCUCAACCAUUGAUUAUCACACUGAGCUGAUCAGAUCAGCAUUUAGGGUUGUACAGAAUCCUAAUGCAGACAUUGGUUGUUCUUGUGGUGCAAGCUUUUCCAUUAAAAUUGACUAAGACCGCAGAUGUACAAAUAUAGAUAAAAUACUUUUGUAUAUAUUAUGUAGUUGAAGUUUAGUCACCAUAAUAGACUAAAAAUUAAAAUAGAAUAAUUAAACAUA